CUUUUUCUUAUUUUCAUGAACAUUUCAUGGCUUCUUCAUCUCAUAAACUCUUCUUCUUGCUGAUUGCAAUCUUCUUCUCACAUGCUUUGGCUGUCCCCUCCUCCAAUGCUUCCACGACAUCUCAUUCUCAUACCAAACUCUCUUCCUUAAGAUAUUUCUGUAGAACUACCCCACACCCUGAAGUUUGCUUCAAUUCAUUGAAGCUAUCCAUUUCUAUAAACAUAAGUCCAAACAUCAUCAACUACCUCCUUCAGUCCCUCCAAGUAGCAAUAUCUGAAACCACAAAGCUGUCAAAUUUAUUCCACAAUGCUGGACACUUAAACAUCAUAGAGAAGCAAAGAGGAGCAGUUCAAGACUGCAAGGAACUCCAUCAUUCUACUUUGGCUUCUUUGGAAAGAUCAUUAUCUGGAAUUCGUUCCUCCAACUACAAGAAUUUUGUUGAUGCAAAAGCCUACCUAAGUGCAGCCCUCACCAACAAGAACACAUGCUUAGAAGGCCUAGAUUCUGCUUCUGGUUCCCAGAAGCCAGUUUUGGUGAAAUCAGUGAUCAACACUUACAAACAUGUGAGUAACUCUCUUUCAAUGCUCUCUAAGCCUGGGAUAGGGUCUUCUGCAAGCCACAUGAACCAGCCUUCAAUGGGUGCUCCAAAGUGGUUGUCAAGCAAAGACAAAAGCCUCUUUCAAGGCUUGGAUGGAGAAGAAUAUGAUGAAAUGCUUGUUGUGGCUGUUGAUGGAACUGGUAACUUUACCACCAUCACUGAAGCCAUCAACUUUGCUCCUAAUAACAGCACUGUUAGGACAGUGAUCUAUGUCAAAGAAGGGGUUUACGAGGAAAAUGUAGAAAUCCCAAGCUAUAAAACCAAUAUUGUUAUGCUUGGCGAUGGAAGUGAUGUCACUUUCAUAACUGGUAACAGAAGCGUUGGUGAUGGCUGGACCACUUUCAGAUCUGCAACUCUAGCGGUCUCUGGUGAUGGCUUUCUGGCACGUGACAUAGCAGUUGAGAACAGUGCAGGGCCAGGGAAGCAUCAAGCAGUGGCCUUGAGAGUAAAUGCAGACUUAACUGCUUUUUACAGGUGUGCCAUCUAUGGUUACCAAGACACUUUGUAUGUUCACUCCUUUAGACAGUUCUAUAGAGAGUGUGACAUUUAUGGUACCAUAGAUUUCAUAUUUGGUAAUGCAGCAGUGGUUCUCCAGGAAUGUAACAUUAUAUCCAGAAUGCCAUUACCUGGCCAAUUCACUGUUAUUACAGCACAAUCCAGAGAUAGUCCUGAUGAAGAAACUGGCAUCUCAAUCCAACACUGCCAAAUCCUAGCUACCGCUGAUUUGUAUUCCAAUUCUAAUGGCUUUAAGAGCUACCUUGGAAGGCCAUGGAGGGUCUAUUCUCGCACUGUUUUCCUUGAGUCCUACAUUGAUGACUUCAUUGACCCAAAGGGUUGGAUAAAGUGGUCUAAUAAUGAUCAAAGCUUAGACACUUUGUAUUAUGGAGAGUAUGAGAAUUAUGGACCCGGUUCAAGCAUAGAUAAUCGUGUAGAAUGGUUUGGGUACCAUUCAAUGGAUUACAAUGAUGCCUAUAAUUUCACAGUUUCAGAGUUUAUUAAUGGAGAUACUUGGCUCGAGUCUACUUCCUUUCCUUAUGAUGAUGGGAUUUGA